ACAUCUUAAAAUACUCAUAACUCGCCCAUGAGAUUGCCUAGAUAAUAAUAUCACCUUUAAAUUGUAUAAGAUGUCAAUUCACUCAAAUUUUUAAACUAACAAAGCUACACGUGUUCGGCUGAGCAUACAAUUUGCAAUGUUAUGCCCUUGUGAGACGGAGACAUCAUAUGCAGGAAUGUCUGGAAGAGGUUUUUUAAAGAGCCGUUUGGCUAAGGCCGCUUCUAAAGAACCCGAGGAACCACCUACACCCCAAGAACAUCCUAAAUCUGAGGAACCUCCUAAACUAGCAGCAUUACCAAUACCAUAUACUGAAGUUCCUGUGGCUGCUAUAAGUUCUCAAACCCUAGUUGCUGGGAAUCAACAAGUUGCUCGCGGAAGAAGGGCUAUGUUAGCUAAUAUUGCUCAAGGACCUGUUUCUCAAAAGUUGUGUGAUACCAUUCAAUCAGCAUUCUCUAAUAUCGAUCUAGGGGAUUUAAAAAAUAUUGUGCGUCCAAACACUAGUCCAGAGCAUAAAAAAGCAGAUGUGGUAUCUGAAUUACUUACACCCCCAAAACAGCCACAAACAACAAUUGUAGAUAUUCCAGCAGAAAAGGAAGAAAAGACUCCAGUUAUAUGUAGAGUAUUAAAAAAGUCUGAAAAAGAUGCUUACCACAUGGCUCAAUUGUCAUCAAAUUAUAUACGAAUUAAAUUGGAAGAAGAUAAAGGAAUAUAUGAAUAUAGAGUUGAUUUCAAUCCUCCGGUUGAUGUCAAAUCUGCUAGGUUUUUUUUGUUGAAUGAACACAGGGAUUUAUUCCCAGUUAAAACAUUUGAUGGCACAUUACUGUAUAUACCUAAAAUGCUACCACAAAAUGUUACAAAAUUAGUGGGAAAAUUAAGAGAUGAAUCUGAAGUAACAUUAACGAUAACAUUUAAGCGUAAAAAUUCUCUGCGUGAAUGUAUUCAUUUUUAUAACGUUUUUCUACGCACAAUUAUGAAGAUACUUGGUCUAGUAGAAUUUGGAAGAAGUUUUUAUGAUGAAAAUAAAAGAAUACUCAUUCCUGAAUUCAAACUUGAAGUUUGGCCAGGAUACAUAACUACUAUUGACGAGUUUGAAAAUGGUCUUUAUAUGUGUGCUGAAGUAUCACACAGAGUUUUACGUGUACAAACAGUUCUUCAAAUAAUGACAGACAUCAUGAUGAAUGCGAAAACCAAUAAUACAGAUAGUAAGCAAGAAAUAAUGGCUGCAUUAUGUGGUUCUACAGUAAUUACACAUUACAACCGUAAAACAUACAGAGUUGAUGAUGUAGACUUUACAAUGAAUCCUUUAUCAACUUUUGAACAAAAUGGUGUUGAAGUAACAUACAAAGAUUACUAUAAAAAAAUGUAUGAUGUUGAAAUUAAAAAUCUACAACAACCAAUGAUUAUAACAAAAGCAAAAAAGAAAGAUAUAAAUAGAAAAAAUCCAGAUGAUUUAGGUAUUUGUUGCUUAGUUCCUGAGCUUUGCAAUUCAACAGGAUUGACUGAUGCGAUGAAAUCAGACUUUAAACUGAUGAAGGUUCUUCAAAACUAUACUUUGGGUUACAUCAGAAGUGCGACAAAUGCAAUAGUUGAAUUUGUGAAUCGUAUAAAUGAUCUGCAAGAUUUCAUUUUCAAAAUCUUAUUUGUUUAUUUUUAUAGGACAGACAUCAUGAUGAAUGCGAAAACCAAUAAUACAGAUAGUAAGCAAGAAAUAAUGGCUGCAUUAUGUGGUUCUACAGUAAUUACACAUUACAACCGUAAAACAUACAGAGUUGAUGAUGUAGACUUUACAAUGAAUCCUUUAUCAACUUUUGAACAAAAUGGUGUUGAAGUAACAUACAAAGAUUACUAUAAAAAAAUGUAUGAUGUUGAAAUUAAAAAUCUACAACAACCAAUGAUUAUAACAAAAGCAAAAAAGAAAGAUAUAAAUAGAAAAAAUCCAGAUGAUUUAGGUAUUUGUUGCUUAGUUCCUGAGCUUUGCAAUUCAACAGGAUUGACUGAUGCGAUGAAAUCAGACUUUAAACUGAUGAAGGUUCUUCAAAACCAUACUUUGGUUACACCAGAAGUGCGACAAAAUGCAAUAGUUGAAUUUGUGAAUCGUAUAAAUGCUCAUGAAGUAGCUAGCAAGAAAUUUAAAGAUUGGGGCCUAAUGAUGCGUCCAAUCCCAGUGAAAAUGGAAGGUCCCGUUUAUAAAAGAGAAACAAUAUUACUGGGAAGUAAUAUCAGAAAACAAGUUGGAGUAAAUAUGGAUUGGGGAAUGGAUGUAGCAAAAAAUGCAAUGUUUGUUGCUGUGAACAUGUUAAACUGGGCCAUUGUGUAUAAUCCAAGAGAUGAAACAACAGCUAAAUCAUUUUGCAAACAAUUGGUUUCAUGCGGCCGUCCUCUUGGUAUGGAAAUUAAUCCUCCAAAACCAAUUAAAGUUCAGGGGACAAAUCCAGAGGUUUUUGUUAGUACUAUAAAUAGUACAUUAAAGAAUAAUUCUGAUAUACAAAUAGUUGUCAUAAUAUUUCCAAAUCAAAGAGAAGACCGUUAUAAUGCUGUGAAACGGAUUUGUUGUUCAGAAAUUGGAAUUCCAUCUCAAGUAAUUGUCUCAAGGACAUUAUCCAAGCCAGAGCGGUUACAAUCAAUUACUCAGAAGAUUGCUUUACAAAUUAAUUGUAAAUUAGGUGGUGCUUGUUGGGCUAUUGACAUCCCACUGAAAAAUACUAUGAUAGUAGGAAUUGAUGUAUACCAUGAGAAAGGUAAACAAAUGAGUAGUGUUGUUGGUUUUGUAGCCUCAAUGGACAAGACAUUUACUGAAUGGUAUUCAGUCGCUGCAAUGCAAAGGAGUACCCAUCAAGAACUUAUGAAGUCUAUGCAAGAUGCGUUUCAUAAAGUGGUGACGCAGUUUAAAUUAAAAAAUGGGUUGUUGCCUGAAAAAAUAAUUAUUUAUAGAGACGGUGUAUCUGAUGGAGAUUUAAAACAAGUGGAAGAAAUUGAACUAUCAGAUUUGAUCGAAUCCUUUAAAAGUUAUCCAGGACAGUAUAAUCCUAUGGUUUCCCUAAUAAUUGUGCAGAAACGUAUUAAUACAAGAGUUUUUCAGUAUGUGAAUGAAAAAUAUUCAAAUCCUAGUUCUGGAACUGUUAUUGAUAAUACUGUAACCAGAAGAAAUUAUUUCGAUUUUUUCUUGGUCUCUCAACAUGUUCGUCAAGGUACUGUUAAUCCUACUCAUUACAUUGUAUUAAAAAAUGGAUGUAAUUUAAGUGUUGAAAAUAUUCAAAGAUUAUCCUAUAAGCUGUGUCACUUGUAUUAUAAUUGGUGUGGUACGGUAAAAGUUCCUGCUCCUGUUCAAUAUGCUCAUAAACUGGCAUACCUUAUAGGGCAAAAUGUUAGACAAAAGCCAAGUGAUAAAUUAUGCAACUCUCUAUUUUUCCUGUAACGAAUAUGUACAAUUUUGGACGACCAGGAAGGUCUAUUCAGCUUAUAUUUACAUGACGUACACUAUUAACUUUUUUUGAUUAUCAAGACUAUUACAGAAAUAGAACAACAAUUAUUAUUAUUAUUAUUUUUUUUUAAGUUUUCUAGGUGAUAAUUUUCACUGAUUUUGUGAUUGUCAAAAAUAUUCAACUCUUAAAAAUAACAUAAAUGAAAAACCUUUGUUCCAAAUGUUUGUACUUUGGUUUAAAAAGUAAAUUGCCUUUUUUUAUUAUGUC